AUGGCCACCCCAUCCCAAGAAACCCAAAGAUCCACCACCCAAACAAUCGAACUAACCUUACCUCCCCAGGACAAAAUCACCGACCCGGCCAAGCGCGCAUGGUCCUACUGGGCCGACGAGCACAUCCGGAUCUACCUCGAAGCCAUCCAGUCCAACAACCACACGACCGCUCGCGAGACCGCCAAACUGUGGGCGCAGAUUCUCGGCCGCGCGUUUGUCUUGCCCGGCAGCAGCGACAGCCAGACCCAGAACUACCGCCUCCUCACCCGCCGGUUCUUCGAGUCCGCAACAAACACCCCGCUCCCCUACGAGAUCAUCGACCUCGUAGACCCCCACCCCAAAAAUGGGAAGGACAACAUCGCCGUCAUCCAGAUCAUCUGCCACGACGCCACCGCCGCACAGGGGGCCAGUCCGGAGCUGCAGCUGCGCGAGCUCCGGCAGCGGAAGCUGGCCCUCGUCCAGCAGCAGCUGGUGGUGGGGGACUCCGCGCUGCUACCGGAGUUUGUGCUGGGGAUCGCGGUUGGGGGCCACGUGUGGUUCCAGAACCUGAAGGCAGAGGAUGGGUGCCGGCGGGGCCUUUGUAAGGUGCUCUGUCUCGUGCAGGACCGGGGUCGGGUGGAGGAGUUGCUGCGCUCGCUGAGGCGGACGUUGAGUGAGUCGGUGGGCUUGGUGGGUGCUUCUGAGGAGAGUUAUUUUGAGUCAGACUCGGAGAGUGGGGAUGAGAGUCGGUCAGCGGUGGUCUGGUUUGCGUUCGCUUCUCGCGUGAUCGUGGCUUGA